CAGCAGCCCCGCAGGGACUCUGGUUUUUUUUUUUUUUUUUUUUUUUUUUUUUUGUUAACCCGGCGUAACGUCACUGUUCCGAACGCUCGGAGAAUGACAGGGGACACCCCCAAAGUGUUAAGGUUGUGUUUGCAUCAUAUGGCACUCCUCCGUCGAUAUCCACAUCCAAGCUCUUCACAGCAAGCAACCAGAUGCUUCAGCUCACUCAGGGAGGGAAAGCAGCACCGAGGAGUGCUGUGGAAGACGAUUAUUGGCGUGUGUGUCGGCGUCCCUGUGGCAGUGGGCGUCCGGUACGUGGCUUCAGAGCCCAGAGAGAGGAGGAGAAUGAGGGUUGUGAUAGAAGGAUUUGGUCGCUUCUUCAGAUCUUUGUCUGUUGGACUCUAUAUCUCUGUGGACUACUGGUGGACCACACAUGUAGCGCUCCGCGGCCUGGAUGAGAGCAGCCCAUCCUAUUUGGACGAAAUGUCAGCCUGCCACCAGAGGGCAGCGGACUGCAUGCUGGAAGGAGCUGUAAGAAACGGAGGAGUGUACAUCAAACUCGGCCAAGGUCUGUGCUCCUUCAACCACCUCCUACCGCCGGAGUACAUUCGCACCCUGCGAACGCUGGAAGACAAGGCCUUGAACAGAAGAUACAAGGAGGUGGACGCUCUCUUCCAAGAAGACUUCAACAAAUCUCCGCAGCAGCUUUUUAAAACAUUUGACUAUGAGCCUGUCGCUGCGGCCAGCUUGGCCCAAGUUCAUAAAGCUGAAUUGUUUGAUGGGACUCCUGUUGCUGUGAAAGUGCAGUACAUUGACCUCAGGGACCGGUUUGAUGGAGACAUCAGGACAUUGGAGAUCCUGCUGGAUAUUGUUAAAUUCAUGCACCCCACUUUUGGAUUCCGAUGGGUGCUUAAGGACUUGAAGGGAACGUUGGCUCAGGAACUGGACUUUGAGAAUGAGGCCAGAAAUUCUGAGAGGUGCGCAGAGGAAUUGAAAGGCUUCAGAUUUGUUGUUGUCCCCAAAGUGUUUUGGGAGCAGACAAGUAAGAGAGUUUUGACGGCAGAAUUUUGUGAAGGCUGCAAAAUCAACAACAUAGAAGAACUUAAAAGACAAGGAUUGUGUUUGAAAGAUAUUGCAGACAAACUGAUUCAGAUGUUUGCUGAGCAAUUAUUCUACACAGGUUUUAUUCAUGCUGACCCACAUCCUGGUAAUGUUCUCGUGAGACCCGGUUCUGGUAACAAGGCCGAGCUGGUGCUGUUGGAUCACGGGCUGUACGAGUACCUGAGUCCACAUGACAGAGUGGCUCUGUGCAAACUGUGGAGGUCCAUCGUCCUGCGAGACGAGGCUGGAAUGAAGACGUACUCCAACGCACUCGGGGUGAAAGAGUACUUCCUGUUUAGCGAGAUGCUGUUACAGCGUCCAAUCAACAUGCGGGAGUUCGGUCUGGCUAACAUCCUGAGUAAGGAGGAGAUGGCCUACAUGCAACAGAUGGCCCUCCAUCAGUUUGAGAGCAUUAUGCAGGUGUUGAAGUCGAUGCCCCGCCCCAUGCUGCUGGUCUUCAGGAACAUCAACACCGUCCGCAGCAUCAACGUCGCGCUCGGCGCGCCUGUGGACCGCUACUUCAUCAUGGCCAAGAGUGCAGUUCGAGGCUGGGGGAGGAUCCAGGCUGAGGGGGCGGGGCUGCUACAGAAGCUGCGUGUUUUCCGCUGGGCGUGGUCUACUUGGGAGAGCCUCAAGUUUGAGCUGGCUUUGAGGUCAGAGAUGCUGAUGAUGAGCAUGACGCGCUCACUCCUCAAUUUUCUCUCUUACUUUGGACUUGUAUCGCUGGAUGCCGACAUGUAUGAGUACCUGAGAUGAAGAUGGGAUUGAGCGCUGC